AUGGGAUUUGCUUCUCCGUGUCUUCGUCUCGUAUCUAAUCUGUUCUCGACAUUAGAUUCGCGGAACAGCAAGCUACUCACCUUAGGGGGCCCUCCGCGAGAGCUUUUCGCUUGUAUCAGCGUACAAGUUAGACGGUCGGACCGGAAGGGUCAGCUCAUGGAACGAGGGUGGGGCAGCCAGAAUCGAGAAGACAACUGCAUCUCAUCAGUGACCGGCACGUCAGAUGUGCGCCUUGACCCCAGAAGAAAUCAGAUUGCACUGCAUCAACCGCCGCACGUAGAGCAGGACAUCCCCAUGAAAAUCCGCACGCGAAGCAUACUUGGCAAGCGUCCUGUGUAUUGGGACAUCUCGAGACCACCGCGAAGCCGGAUGCGAGACCACACGGCCACACUUGCCAACAUGAAUCCGCCAGAUCGAUUUGAAAACUUCUUCGCUCCACCCACAUUGGGCUCCUCCGUACUGCUCCACUCCAUGCUUACCAUUUCAGUUACAAGCCAUGGUCGUUCACCACCCAUGCCAACGACCCAUGAUCAUGUCCAUACUCGGCGGUGUGAAUAG